CAUUAGUGUAAGUAACGAAAGGGCUCCGUGAGUCUCAGCCUUCACUGAGGCUGCGCAACUCCCUCCAUCCGGGGAUUCCACGGAGCUAAUUUCGUAAGGGACUAGUACCUUAGCCGGAGCAGUACCGAGCGCUGCACUUCCGGCAGCCGGAAACUCUUGCCAUGGCUGCGUCUCCUAAAGCGCGGACGGAGAAAGAGUCCACAACAGCGGAGAAACGAUUUCGGAACCAGAAGCGAGGGAACGACGGUGUGGAUGAAUCAGAACUCCUUACCGUUCCUGAUGGCUGGAAAGAAGCCCCAUUUACAAAGGAUGACAACCCCAGAGGACUGUUAGAAGAAAGCAGUUUUGCAACUUUGUUUCCCAAAUACAGAGAAGCCUACCUGAAGGAGUGUUGGCCUUUGGUGCAGAAAGCUUUGCAUGAACAUCACAUAAAUGCAACACUGGACCUAAUUGAAGGUAGUAUGACUGUUUGCACAACUAAGAAGACUUUUGAUCCUUAUAUCAUCAUCAGGGCCAGGGACUUAAUAAAGCUUUUAGCAAGAAGUGUCCCAUUUGAACAGGCAAUACGAAUUCUUGGGGAUGACACUGCCUGUGACAUCAUCAAGAUUGGUUCUUUAGUAAGAAACAAAGAGAGAUUUGUAAAAAGAAGACAGCGGCUUAUUGGGCCAAAAGGAUCUACUCUGAAGGCAUUGGAACUGUUAACAAACUGUUACAUCAUGGUUCAGGGUAACACUGUUUCAGCUCUUGGACCAUUUAAUGGUUUAAAAGACGUUCGAAAAGUAGUCCUAGACACCAUGAAAAAUAUUCAUCCAAUCUAUAACAUCAAAACUUUGAUGAUUAAACGAGAGCUCUCAAAGGACACUGAAUUAAGAUCACAAAAUUGGGAAAGAUUUUUGCCACAGUUCAAACACAAAAAUCUGAGUAAACGCAAGGAGCCAAAGAAAAAAGCUGUUAAGAAAGAGUAUACACCAUUCCCACCUCCACAGCCAGAAAGUCGGAUUGAUAAAGAAUUGGCUAGUGGUGAAUACUUCUUGAAAGAAAGUCAGAAGAAACAACAGAGAAUGGAACAAAUAAAGGCUAAACAAGCUGAAGCAGUCAGUAGAAGACAAGCGGAAAGAAACAAAGCUUUUAUCCCACCAAAAGAAAAACCAGUUGUGAAACCUAAGAAAGCUUCUACUGAAACAAAAAUUGAUAUAGCUGCUCUCAAAGAAAAAGUGAAGAAGGCAAAGAAAAAGAAACUGGGAGCCCUUACAACUGAGGAAGUAAAGCUGAAGAUGGAAGCCGAUGAAAAGAGACAGAAGAAGAAGAAAAAGUGAGAAGCAAAAAAGGAACUUGAGUUAGAAGAGGAUUUGUGUAUCUUUCCUUUUGUAAAGGAUUUUUAGGCCCUGACUUUUGUUUCCUCAUCUGAAAAGCAAGGCUGUGCAACGGGACCCACUUCUGAUAAUUUAAAUGAAUCUUGUUUCACAGAACAAGACUUUCUCUAGAUGCAGGCUGUUGUUAUCAUUUACAUAUUUGCUAACAAAAUAAAUUAUGAACUAAAAAAAGAAGGGCAUGUGUUUAACUUACAUAGAUUAAGGCAGUUUUACUCCAAGAAGGUUCAGAUGGAAAUGAGGUUCCAUUCAGUUUUAUGUCAGGUAAACCAAAAACAUCUGACAUGUGCUGACCUGUUUUGCCAUCAGACUUACCUUGUAAAAGUAAAUUAAUUUGUUGUUACUUGUUUUUCCUAAAAACAUAUCUUGUACUAUUGCUUAGCUUCAGUGGAAGAUAUGUUACACUUUCUGUGUAUCAAAAAUUCUUCUAUUUUCCUUACCACAAAAUAUUAUUAGUGCAUUUUUGACGUAACCGGAGUAAAUCAUAUUUUAAAUUUA